UGUAUGAAUGUGUGUAGAGAGUGUGUGUCCACGUCUCAUACCCCCUACCUGGGCUCACGCUCUGAUAGUGUGCUCUAGUCGUCGGUACCGGAGGUUCCUCGCGCCGCGAUGGCAGCUGGCGGCCGCUUCUGAUCCAGUCUCGCGCCACUUGGUAGAACAGGUUCAAGGUUCGGGUUGGGCUCGCGGAGACCCGGGCUGGUUCCUCCGCUCGUGCCAAGGAUUAAACGCGUUCGACGUGCUCGUGAAGACCAGCUUUACUCCCUCCUCUACCGAUGAGCUCCAUGCCGUUAAACCUCGAGCACCACCACCACUUUACCGGGAGUAAGCACGCGCUGGCUAUGGCGUCCACCUUACAGCCGCUUCAGCGCGCGGGGGACACGAAGCACCGGCUGGACGUGCACGCGGUGUCGGACACCUCGAGCCCCGAGUCUGCCGAGAAGGAGAAGAGCGGGAAGCAGGCGGCGGAGGACGCCUCUGACGACCCGUCCAAGAAGAAGCGGCAGCGGCGGCAGCGGACGCAUUUCACGAGCCAGCAGCUGCAGGAGCUCGAGGCCACGUUCCAGCGGAACCGCUACCCCGACAUGAGCACGCGCGAAGAGAUCGCGGUCUGGACCAACCUGACAGAGGCGCGCGUGCGGGUCUGGUUCAAGAACCGGCGCGCCAAGUGGCGGAAGCGCGAGCGGAACCAGCAGGCGGAGCUGUGCAAGAGCGGCUUCGGCCCGCAGUUCAACGGCCUCAUGCAGCCGUACGAGGACAUGUACCCGAGCUACACGUACAACAACUGGGCCGCCAAGGGCCUGGCGUCCGCCUCGCUCAGCACCAAGAGCUUCCCCUUCUUCAACUCCGUGAACCCGCUGUCCUCCCAGGCCAUGUUCCCGCCCUCAUCCAUGGGCAUGGGCUCCGGCAUGGUCCCCCCCGGGGCGGGCCUCAACUCCGGCCUCAACUCCGGCCUCAACUCCCUCAACAACCUCAGCAACCUCAACAACCCGGCGCUCAACCCCGCCGGCGGCGUGUCCGCGCCCGCCUGUCCGUACGCGCCCCCGACGCCGCCCUACGUGUACCGGGACACGUGUAACUCCAGCCUGGCAAGCCUCAGACUCAAAGCCAAGCAGCACUCCAGCUUCGGGUACGCGAGCGUCCAGAACCCGGCGUCGAACCUGAGCGCGUGUCAGUACGCGGUGGACAGACCCGUCUAG